AUGGAUUAUGCCCAGGGCGCCGUCGUCGCCGCACAGUUUCGCAAGGCUUGUGCAGAUUGCAACUUUAAAGACAGGCGCAGAGUACAGAAUUUGGUUGCUGUCCUCGAUUCAGCCUCCCAGGCCCUUGCGCAGAGUGAUACAGUGCGUUCGCAAGCAGGCGCCGAUCUUAAACUCUGGGCCGAUCUGCGAAAGCUAUGGCGGGACCUCACUCGAAUGCAGCUCUCCUUCUGGGACAACGACGAUUCAGACGAUGAAUCCGAGGCAAAUAGAGUCACCAGCCAAGAGGACAGUCUUCGUCAAGUCUGCAUGAGCCUGGCUAAAUUCACAAGGAACUUGGUGGCCGGAGUGCCUGCAAAUCAAUCUCGAGCUUAUGAAAAUGAGCCGGAUAUGCGACGCCUCCUUCACUUCUACACUUCCUGGUCUGCUAUGGAGGAUAGUGAAUCUGUUGCUACGGCUCGCGUUCUUACGCAGGCCCUUUCCAACACGGUUACCGCAAAUGACACACUCGUAGCCAGUUUGUGGGAGUCAUACAUGAAUCUACCGGAGGACCAGGUCGUCCUUAUCUGCCAAAACAGUCGAUUGUUGGGAUCUCCAGACGAGCGCACCCUACUGACAACUUUGAUCUUUAUCCUCAACUGUAUACAUGGGAGCAAAAAACGAUCGCAGCUAUUGACAAUGUCGAAUGUCGGCGUUCGGAUAUGCAUAGGUUUGGUGGAUAAUAUGGUUCGCCUGCAUGAAGCUAAAGAAGGAAGUGACGGGGCUAAAGCUUUUGACGUUGGGUAUGCUAUCUUCACCCAACUUAUUGAAGGCGGACUGGUCCCCGAUCUGUACAAGAGAUUUCAACUAACCAAUGAAAUAGUAACACCGCACCAAACGACACUCUUGAAACUGGUUGAUUCAUAUCUUCAAUCUACUCAGCUGAAUGCAACAGCGAUUCAGCUUCCUGACGUACUUCGCACACACGAGUCGCUUGCAUCAUUCUUGGCAAAGCGAUUUUUCACCUUGUCGAAUUAUGCACAGAAGGCCAUCCACCGAUCACUUGGAAUGGUCCCCCCAGCAUCAAGCAAAGUUGCGGAUAUUGAAGAAGUGAACAGAGAAAGGAGUUCGUCAGAUUCCUCUUCUUCAUCGGCGACAUCUGCAGUUUCCUCCCCAUCUCCCAUGACUCCGGCCGACUUUCCCCAGGAACUUGAUGUGAUGCUCCCAAAAGUAUGCGAAGCUCUCGUUCUUGUUACUCAGUGCAUCAUCACCAUCUGUCUUGAAGCUGAAGAACAGCAAGCGCGUGUGGAAGAAGGGAUAUCGACGGUUGUGACAUUUACCAAUCUAAAGAAUUAUUUCAUUCAGAAAAAACACCAUGACGUGGGUAUCGUCGAAAAUAUGAUAGAACUUUUGCAUAUCUUGGAUAUCUUCCUUCCUCGCAUUAAUUUCGGCAAACCCGUUAGUGUAGACGGGACGCCACUCUCAACCUCGCAGCCAGGUGUCGGCGACAGUUCAGGUUUCUCGUACUUGAAACGCGAUUUAGUUCGAUUGUUGGGGGUUUUGUCUCAUGGUGCCAAGUCAGUACAGGACCGCACGCGCGAGGCCGGUGGUCUUGCGGUGGUUAUGAACCUGUGCGUUGUCGAUGAACGAAAUCCAUAUCUACGAGAACACGCUAUUUUUACUUUACACAAUUUAUUGAAGGGCAACCACGAAAAUCAAAAAUUCGUCGACAGUGUAAAACCUUCACAGGAAUGGGCAGAAGAUGGCACCCUGAAAACCAGGGUCGGGGCUACACGCAAGUAA